GUGACUAGCAAAUCUGCCGACACUCAAAUCUCGUCUUGUUUCCUCCUUCCUAGCUUCGUAAUCGUUCGGUCCUUCCUCCGGAGUGAGAUUUGAACUGGCAAAGUGUGAACCACGCACACAAGUCGCCAACACAACUACAAUCGCAACCAUCCCCCAUCCCCAUCCCGCACCUCGCUUGGCUCCUGACGAAGUAGACGACGUUGUUCACCCACCAUGAGUCCCAAGAGCGAGACGUCCGCCAAUCCGAGCACGUCCAAGGACGAUGAGAACCCCUCGACGGCGAAGAAGGUACCCAAUAAGAAAGGCGAACCCAAUCCGGACGACGAUCUCAGCGAAGAGGACAAGCAACUCAAAGAGGACCUCGAACUGAGCGUGACACGGCUCUCCGAAGCUCAAAGUGACCUCUAUCCGGCGGCCUUGGAGAAUUUGCGCCGCCUGAUUCGCGCCUCCACCACGUCCAUGACGUCGGUGCCCAAGCCGCUCAAGUUCCUCAUGCCGCAUUACAAUACCAUGAAGGUGGCCUUUGAGAAGUUGCCCCCGGGACAGAAUCGCCGAGAAUGCGCGGAUAUUAUCUCGGUAUUGGCCAUGACGGCCGUGGGAAUCGAGAAGGCCAAGGAGGAAGCCGCAGCAGCGGCAUUGUUGAAAGCCGAAGAGGUAGCUAAGGAGGAGGCCAAAGCCGGGCCCGAAGAGAAAGCCAAGGCGGCCGCGGCCAAGAAGAAAGCGGCUGAGAAACCUAAGAAAGUAGUGGCCGAGACCAUGGAGGUCGACACCACGCCUAAGCUGCCCAUCGUGCCCAAUGAGUGCUUGAAGUUCAAACUCCAGGGUCACACCGACGGACCCAAUUUGGAUGCCUGGGGCCACGAGUUCAUUCGUCAUUUGUCCGGCGAGAUCGUAACCGAGUGGGCCGAACUUGACGAAGACGAACAGCCUGAGCUGAAGAAACAAAUCGAAGACCUGGUCCGUGAGAUCAUCCCGCUACAAAUGAAGCAUCACGCCGAGGCCGAGGCCUGUGAUUUGCUCAUGGAAGUCGAACUCUUGGAUCUCAUUCUCCAGUACGUGGACAAAUCGGCUUUCCAACGCGUUUGCCUGUACUUGACGAGCUGCGUGCCCUAUGUACCCGACCCGGAAAACACCAAUCUACUGAAGACCACUUACAAGAUCUUUCGCAAGUUCGAACAAUAUCCCCAAGCAAUGCGCGUGGCCAUGCAGAUCAACGACCCCGAACUCAUCAAGGCCGUGUUCAUGGAGUGUCCGGAACCGUUGUUGCAGAAACAACUCGCCUACAUGAUGGGUCGUCAACAGCACUACAUGGAGUUGGACGAGAACGACUUUGACGAAGUGGUGGAGAUCAUGUCCAACAUUCACCUGAAUCAUCAUUUCCUCAACUUGGCACGGGAGCUAGACAUCUUGGAGCCCAAGACGCCCGAUGACGUGUACAAGACUCAUCUUGACAACGUUCGGCCCUUCGGUGGAGGAGGCAUGGACUCGGCCAAGCACAACCUGGCCUCGUCCCUCGUCAAUGGUUUCGUGAACGCGGGAUUUGGCAAGGACAAGCUCCUUAUGGAGGACGGAAACAAGUGGUUGUACAAGCACAAGGAUGCCGGAAUGAUGUCUGCCACGGCUUCCAUCGGUCUUGUUCUCCUUUGGGAUGUAGACGGAGGGCUGACUCAGAUUGACAAAUAUCUCUAUUCGCCCGAGGACCAUAUCAAAUCCGGAGCGCUCCUGGCUUGUGGCAUUGUAAACACCGGCGUCCGGAACGAUUGCGACCCGGCAUUAGCUCUUCUGUCCGACUAUAUUACCCAUGAUAGUAUGAUCAUGCGUGCUGGAGCUACCCUUGGACUUGGCUUGGCCUAUUCCGGGUCUAAUCGGGAGGAAGUGAUUGGUCACUUGUUGCCCGUUUUUGCAGAUUCGAAAGCCUCAAUGGAGAACAUCAGCCUCACCGCAUUAGCUCUAGGUCUGAUCGGUGUUGGCUCGUGCAACAACGAGAUCACCACGGUCCUACUCCAAACCCUUAUGGAGAAGUCUGAAUCCGAUCUCAAGGAUCCAUUUGCCAAGUUUCUGCCUUUGGGCAUCGGAUUGUGCUAUUUGGGUAAACAAGAGGCCGCCGAAGCCACCAUCGCCACUUUGGAGGUUCUCGGUGAUCCCUUUAAAUCGAUGGCCAUGACGUUGGUGGACGUAUGUGCCUACGCCGGAACCGGCAAUGUCUUGAAGAUUCAACACCUGCUCCAUAUCUGCAGUGAACAUUACGAACCGUCCAACGACGACGAUGACAAGAAAGACAAGAAGAAGGACAAGAAAGACGACAAAAAGACGACCACCGACGAGGUCGAUUUGUCCAUGCAACAAUCGGUGGCUGUUAUCGGCCUGGCCCUGGUCGCCAUGGGCGAAGAUAUCGGUAGUGAAAUGCUAUUCCGCACCUUCGGGCAUUUGCUUCGGUAUUGCGAGCCCGUGAUUCGGCGAGCGGUGCCCUUGGCCUUGGGCCUUAUCUCCGUCUCCAAUCCGCAACUCCCCAUUUUGGAUACGCUGAGCAAAUUCUCGCAUGACGCCGAUCCCGAAGUCGCUCACAACUCGAUUUUCGCCCUCGGUCUGAUCGGGGCGGGGACCAACAACGCCCGAUUGGCCGCCAUGCUCCGACAAUUGGCUCAGUACCACUCCAAGGAUCCCAACAACUUGUUCAUGACGCGUGUGGCGCAAGGCCUGGUCCACAUGGGCAAAGGAACGCUCACGCUCAAUCCCUAUCACAGCGAUAGCCAACUGAUGUCGCCCGUGGCCGUAGCCGGACUCUUGGGAUGCAUCAUCAGCUUCUUGGACGUGAAGAGCACCAUCCUGGGCAAAUCUCACUACCUUUUGUACACAUUGGCCACGGCUCUGCAACCCCGGAUGUUGGUCACGUUCGACGAGGAAUUGCGCCCGCUGUCCGUGUCUGUCCGCGUGGGGCAAGCCGUGGAUGUAGUGGGUCAAGCCGGGAAACCCAAGACCAUUACGGGUUUCCAAACCCACACCACACCCGUUCUUUUGGCUAGCGGUGAGAGGGCUGAAUUGGCCACCGAAGAAUAUAUCCCAGUCACGCCCAUCAUGGAAGGGUUCGUCAUCUUGAAGAAAAACCCGGAUUACUGAUCCGUACGAUUGAGUGCGUGUCUUCAUUCUGAAGAGCUUUUUGCUGAACAUCAUCGUCUCCAUCAGCAUCUCCAGAUUCUUUGGUUCUCUGAUGUUCUUCAGGACUAAUAAUUCUGGUGGCUUCGCCUCUGCUCAUCUGAACAACAGUAACAUGUCAACUGG